UUUUUAAGAAAACAAAACAGAAGAAUCUAACCAGAUCGGAUUCUACCCUCUCGCCGCCCUUUCUACCCUACACGCCUCUCGCCGCCGCCGCCGCCGCCGCACUUCGAACCAUCGAAAUGUCGUGGCGUGGUUCUAUGACGAGAACAUUGCUCGCUGCCGCACGUUCCUCGUCCUCUCGGCCUCUUCCUGCCACCUCCCCCCUCCAACGACGCCGGUUCUCCGCUGCCUCUCCCCGAUCCAUGGAGGAAAUCGGGUGCGCGCAAUCGUUCCUUCCGCUUUACAGCGCGAUGGCCACCCCUCGACUCUCCUCCCACCUGUCGGCCAGCGCCGCGAGAGCAUGCUGUGAGCUCUCACAGGGUACUUAAGGAUCUAAGAUCAGCUUCCUUUCAUAGAUAAGGAUUUUGCCGAUACGAAUCGCAAUCGCAUAGAACUGUCAUUUACUGGAAGACCAGGAGGAACUACAACUGCUUCCUGCUUAUUGUUGAAUAAGUGAACUUUUUCCCAUUCCAAAAGUCUAAAGGCCAUCAAAAGUCUUGUUGGAUUGUUUUGUGAAUUGCUAAUAUAUUUUCAUUCAACUGCCAAAGUAUGUUUCCAACAUCAAUCACACAAACACCUUUAAGAUUUCUCCUUUUAUAUAGUUCGCUGUACACUGUUUGCUUGCAACAAGUUGAAUGGAAUUGGUAUAUAAAUAUAA